AGUUUUGCGUGGGCUCAACAGAUGGCGGUGUUCGACCCCCGUUAUUGGACUCCCACCUUUGCUCUGCCUACUCAGUUUAAUCAGCUGCCUGAGCUGCCUCUGCCUCAGUCUUCACUUCACCCGCUGUUGACUCCUUAUCACGUGUUGCCAGCAUGGAAAGGUGGAUUGGACGUGUAGCACUGGUGACUGGGGCCAGUGCUGGCAUAGGGGCGGCCAUCUGCAGAGUUCUUGUUGACAAGGGCAUGAAGGUUGUUGGUGCUGCACGUGAUGAAGAGAGGAUACAGGCUCUAGCUAAUGAACUGGCCAACAAACCUGGAUCUCUGACGGCAAUCAAGUGUGAUAUCACCAAGGACUCAGACAUCCUCAGUCUCUUUGCUUCCAUCAAGGAAAAGUUUGGAGGGGUCGAUGUGUGUAUCAACAACGCUGGGAUGUCUCAUAAUCAUUCUCUCCUGGAGGGAACACCACAGGAGUGGCGUGAGAUGUUAGACGUCAACGUUGUGGGACUUUGUUUGUGCACACGUGAAGCUGUGGCAUCAAUGCGUGAACGCAAUGUUGUUGAUGGCCAUAUCAUCCAUAUUAGCAGCUUAUCAGGUCACCGAGUCUCACAAAGUCUUAGGACCCACUUCUAUGCUGCCACAAAGUUUGCUGUAAGAGCUCUUACUGAGGGGCUACGGCAAGAACUUAGAGAUGUGAAGUCACGCAUUCGAGUUACGGCGAUCAGCCCUGGUUUGGUAGAGACUGAAUUUGCCUCAAGAAUGAUGAAGGAUAAGGAAGAGGGACAGGAAGUUUAUUCCAAGUUCAAGUGCCUACAAGUGGAGGACAUUGCAUCCUCUGUGGUUCAUGUGCUUUCUGCCCCACCACAUGUUGAGAUUUGUGAUAUUCUCAUCAGGCCAACGGAACAAGCUUUUUAACAAGACCUGAAGCAUAAAACUGUGGCCUGGGUAUGCAAUUUACUUUCCAGUUGGCCCUGAGGGUAAUGUAGUUGCAGCGCAGCUAGUAAGGCAAGAUGAGGUUAACAGUACAGUAUCAUGUUGGUAAAGUUCACUAGUAUUGAAAUUAGUUUUACUCCAUUUGUAAUUUUUUGAAAUUGUUUAUUAUUUGUUACUUUACUAAUUAAAGGAAUCAAUAUUCUGUUACUUUAACAUUUAGUUUUUCUUCUUGUUCCUACUGUUGUAGUAUUGUACAGAUUAUCUUGGGGUUUGUGGAAAAACAAAUUGAGAUUACUAUAAAUUGUCACUUCUGUC